AUGGAAAAGAGACAUCAGAUGAAGGCGGGGACUCACGCACAGUGUCCCAGUGACAGAUUGGGCGCCCACAGUUUCCGCAUCCUUCGUGCAACCGUGCUUGUGUGGCUCUCCAGCCGUCUGCACGUCACCGUUUGCUUCGCACCGCCCCGCAUCUUGGGCGGAGAGGAAACAUCUAUCGAAGAAUUCCCUUAUAUGGCAGGUCUCGAGAGGUGGAGUGUGUUUGAAUGUGCAGCGACCAUCAUCAGAAAGUCUUGGGCCAUGACUGCUAAACACUGUAUCGAGCGGACUGAAACCGACGGCGAAGUAACACUGCGAGUUGGAACAUCUGACCGCGAAAGCGGGGGAUAUGUGAUUGGCGUCGAUAAAAUUGUUUCACACAGCAUCGCCGACAUCGCUGUUUUACACGUGCAGCUGGAGUUCCCUAUGGGACAAAAAGUGCAGGUGGUGACGCUGGGAACAGGGUCCCUAGACGUCGACACAGUGGGGACCGUGGUCGGAUGGGGCUUGAGUGGCGUGCAUCCCAGCCCCAAGAGGAUGAGGAAGACCACAAUGGUGGUGGUGCCACUUGUCAAGUGCUACCCUAGGGGCUUGGAAGAGCAAUUGAACUCCUUUUACUGUAUGCGCUCUCAACACGAGGGCACUGGCGUCUGCAGAGGUGACAGUGGAGGGCCGUUUGUCGUCGACAACAUGCAGCACGGCAUCCUCUGUUCGGGAGACUGCACAGGACAGAUAUGGGAGCGAUAUACGUUCACCAAUCCAGUUAGUUUCCGAGAUUGGAUUGCCAGUGUCAUAGAUUCAAGCCUGGAAAGCUGA